AUGUGGGAGGUAUUACAGUUGGUAACAGCUUUACCCCCAAAAUCUCAUGUAAUAGUAGCAUCGAACAAAGGACAUCGUGGUCAUCAUACAUCAGAAGCAGAAAAAAACUUUUUGUCUUAUGGCAGUCAUGUAUUGAAAAAUGGAAAAAUUCUAUCACAACCAAUCGUACGUCCAAUUCCAGUGGAUCAGUUGACACUACCAUUACAACUUGAUGAUAUUGGUAAACCAUUUGUUUUACAAGGUGAUAUUUUAAUACCAUUGAAUGGAAAAAUCAAUAAUAAAUUAGCAACAGUGGCACAUUUAUUGUGGAAAAAUGGUUCGUUAUCAAAAUCGUCAUUAAACAGACUAAAACGAAAAAUUAUCAGUGAAAUUAAUGCAAAUGGUGAGAGUCAGCGGUGGCCAAGAUCAGUGGUACCUUAUGAGUUUCAAGACAAUAUAGAUCCACAAGCAAAACAGAAUGUACUUUCAGCCAUGCAACACUGGCAUGAACGUACAUGUAUUCGAUUUGAACCGUAUAACGCAGCAAAACAUCGGGAUAUUUAUUCUAAAAUUGUUAUUCAAGAUAAUGGACCAGGUUGUGCAUCCUACGUUGGCUAUCGUCCUGGUUCAGAUGGCUUCGUAUUUUUAAGUACAGUAUUUUUACCUGUCACUUGUCCCUUUGGAUCAGCUGUACACGAACUCGGUCACGUUAUUGGAUUUUAUCAUGAAAUGUCGAGAACAGAUCGUGAUCAAAAUAUUUUGCUAUAUUUUAAUCGAAUGAGUCAAAUAGAAGCAUCACAAUAUGAUAUUAUGCCUGAUCCACAACCGAACUAUUAUGGACAACCAUAUGAUUUAUAUUCAGUGAUGCAUUAUUAUGGAACGGAUGUAAUGUUGGCGAGAGAUUCUCGUCGAGCUUUUCUUAUGGGGAUGUCAUUUUUAGAUAUUAAACUGGCCAAUCUUGGAUAUCAUUGCGGAGAUAAGUGUAGUGGAAAACCAAUAUGUGAAAAUGAAGGUUACAUAAAUCAAAAUUGUCGUUGCUCGUGUCCUGACGGAUUUAGUGGUUAUCAAUGUAAUAUAUUGAUGGAUGUACAAGUACCUAGUAUAGGAAAAUCAGUUUCUCAUAUAAAUAAUGCUCAGCCUCAUGUCACGACAUUAUCAUCAUCACAUAAUGACUGGCUUCCAUGGACACCGUGGUCGAUUUGUAGUGAAACAUGCGGUAAAGGUGUUCGAGUUCGAACACGAGUUUGUCCUGAAGGUGCAAAAUGCUCAGGAUCGUCAUUUGAAAUAGAAUCGUGCAAAAGUUCUUCCUGCAAAGGUUGUACGAGAGUUAUCGAUAUUACAAGUCGAUCACCUGUUGCUAUAACGUCACCCAAUUAUCCGUCUGAUUAUCAAUCAAAUCUUGAAUGUUAUUAUUAUAUUCGUGUACCACAAGGAUAUAAAAUAUCUCUACAAUUUGCUGAUUUUAACCUACCAACAAACACCGGAGUUUGUCAAGAUAAUGUUGAAUUACGCUAUUAUCACUUAGGAAUGCGACGUGACUGUCAACCAGGACCACAAUAUUGUGGCGACAGUUCCGGUGAUGAUAAUUUCAGUUUUUUGAGUACAAAAAAUUAUAUUAUGUUGAUAUUUCGAACAAAUCAAGAUACUUUAAGUGGACGUGGUUUUAGCGCAAUGGCUCAAGUUGUAUAA